CGUGCUUCAUUCUAUACUGCAACAGAAGGGCGUGGUGGGUUAGGCAGAUCGGAAAACCAAGAAUAGGAUGAGGCCACUUGUUUUUUCUCGUCUUCAUCACCCGAAUUCCGCCAUACCUAUGGUGCAUAAUUUCACCUUUCACCCAAAUGCUUUUACUUACUACAGAAAAGGGGGAAAAAUUAGAGCUUUAAGGGAGUGGCAAGAAUAUGAGGAAGCAGUUAAGGACAAAGACCUGUCUCGAGCUCUUCGCUUCUUGAGAGAAGACCCUAAGGACUCGUCAAUCGAGCCCUCACGUGAGUUGGAUUGGUCUCCGACGGAAAGAGACUGGCAGGUUUUAGAUACAUGCUUGAAUGCCGAUGAUAUGAGGCUUGUUGGGAGUGCUUAUGCUUUUCUCAAGGACAAAGGUCUCUUGCCCAAUUUCGGCAAAUACAACACUAUUGUUUUGGAAGGGCCACGGGAUGUCACACCAACCGUCUUAAAGUCUUCAACUGGUUUAAAUGUGACCAAACUUUCGCCGAAGAAGUGGGGUCUUUCUGGAACGUCUAGCUUUCUUUUGGCUACAUUGUUUGCUGGAGUCUCGUUUCUGCUGAAUCAAGGAAUAGAUAUUAGGCCUAACAUUGCUGCAGUCUUGGGGCUUGCCAUGCUAGAUGCUAUAUUACUUGGUGGCUCCUGCUUAGCACAAAUCUCCAGCUUCUGGCCUCCCUACAAGCGUCGAAUUUGUGUUCAUGAAGCAGGCCAUCUCCUUGUUGCAUACCUGAUGGGUUGUCCAAUUCGUGGCGUAAUUUUAGACCCAAUUGUUGCAAUGCAGAUGAGCAUUCAAGGACAGGCAGGUACACAGUUUUGGGAUGAAAAACUUGAAAAUGAGCUCGCUAAAGGCCAAUUAAGUGGUACCGCAUUUGACAGGUACUGCAUGGUUCUAUUUGCUGGGAUUGCAGCUGAAGCUCUUAUAUAUGGAGAGGCUGAAGGUGGAGAAAAUGAUGAAAAUCUCUUCCGAAGUAUCAGUAUUCUUCUAGAACCCCCACUCUCUGUGGCACAGAUGUCAAAUCAAGCAAGGUGGUCGGUGUUGCAAUCUUAUAAUCUGCUGAAAUGGCACAAACAAGCACAUCGAGCUGCUGUUAAAGCUAUUGAGAGUGGAUGCAGUCUGAGUAUGGUCAUUAAAAAAAUUGAGGAAGCCAUGUCUCUGAAAAAAUAAAGCUCGGAAAGCAGAAAUAUAUGGUACUGGAAGAGAUGCAAGGUGUGCUGAGGCAUUUAGCUGCAAGGAGAUAGGAGAUUCCUAGUGUGCUGAGGCACUUGGCCAAUCAUAUAUACUGCUAUGAAAUGCCUCAACUGGAGCUAGCAGAAAAGGGAUUGAAGAUUCAUGGACCCUUAAAGAUGUCUGACCUUUGAUCUUGCAGCGUGAUAGUUACUCAAAAGGAACAUGCUAUUUUUCUAUGAUUUCUAGGUGAGCAGCUUUUUGCUGCGAACUUGGGAGCAGAAUCUUAAAGUUAGGGAACAGAGAGAAUCCUGCAUCUAGCAUCUUCUGAUAAAGAUGUUGCAUGUAAAUAUUAGCUUAUUUUUCUCACAAGGGGCGAGAAUGUUGUUUAACAAAGGGUAACUACGAAAAGAAGUCUCAUUGUAAUUUCGUUUUGUAGUGUGUAAACUAUUAAGCUCACUCAAUCUUUUAGCAGUCAAGCAAUGACCUCUUUGAACUUGUAUUUGCUGAAAAGAA